UUGAGCAUUUGUCAUAUGCCAGUCAGAGAGUGAACAUAAAUCAUUGACACAAAUCCCUGCCCUCUCGGCGCUUACAGUCGGUCGGGGAAGCCAGUUUGAAAUUUGGGCUGUAGACGAAGAUUUCUAUUCAUUUUCAUGUGAGUGGUUGGUAGUGGGAGCCAGAGAGGAAGGUGAAGUCAGUGGGGAAGGGGAAGAGCCAGUCAGGAAUCCCCGCAUAUUAGACUUGGGCAGAAGGAGGAAACCAGAACACUGGAGAUGGAGCGACCAGCCAGCCAGAAAGAGUGGAGGCAAUCCCAGAGAUGUCUUCCUUUUAUAACAAAGUCGUGGUCAGCAGAGCCAUUUAUGGCAGGAUAAUUGAACGAGAUCACGAUAGGGAAGUGUUUCUUUAAAAAGAUACUAGGAAGCUCAUGUUACGGAAAUGGGAUGUGUUGUGUUUGAGUGUGGGUUCCAGUGUUGGUCAUUACCAGUUAUGCAAACAUGGGCAAGUUAUUCGACCUGUUACUCCCUUUCCUCGUCUAGACUAUGGGGAUGAAUGACAGUACCAUCCUCAGAGUUGUUGGGUGGAGAGGUUAAGCAGACAAUGAUUACAAAAACUUUAGCCCAGGCCCUGGCACUUAGUAACAUUCGGAAGACUGGCUGAGAGAAGAGCCUUUUCUAAGAUCCCACGUGACUAGAACUCGGUCAGGAGUUAUUUUAUACAGAAAUCUUUUGAGACUUCUGUGCAGCAAGGUGAUGAUUGUACAAAGAGUGGUAUUGAAUUCCCGACCUGGAAAAAAUGGUAAUCCAGUGGCAGAAAAUUUCCGAGUAGAAGAAGUAAAUUUAUCAGAUAAUAUCAAUGAAGGACAAGUACAAGUGAGAACUCUUUAUCUUUCUGUGGAUCCUUACAUGCGCUGCAAAAUGAAUGAAGACACUGGUACUGAUUAUAUAAAAGCUUGGCAGCUGUCUCAAGUGGUUGAUGGUGGAGGUAUUGGGAUUGUAGAAGAAAGCAAACACAUAAAUUUUAAGAAAGGCAAUUUUGUGAUUUCCUUAUAUUGGCCCUGGCAAACCAAGGUUAUUCUGGAUGGAAAUAGCCUUGAAAAGGUAGACCCACAACUUGUGGAUGGACACCUUUCAUACUUUCUUGGAGCUAUAGGUAUGCCUGGUUUGACUUCCUUGAUUGGGAUACAGGAAAAAGGUCAUAUAACUGCUGGAUCUAAUCAGACAAUGGUUGUUAGUGGAGCUGCUGGUGCUUGUGGAUCCUUGGCCGGGCAGAUUGGCCAUUUGAUGGGCUGUUCCAGAGUGGUGGGAAUUUGUGGAACACAGGAGAAGUGCCUCUUUCUGACCUCAGAACUAGGCUUUGAUGCUGCAGUUAAUUAUAAAAAGGGGAAUGUGGCAGAACAGCUCCGUGAAUUAUGCCCAGCUGGAGUGGAUGUUUACUUCGACAAUGUUGGUGGUGACAUCAGUGAUACAGUGAUAAGUCAGAUGAAUCAGAACAGCCACAUCAUCCUGUGCGGUCAGAUUUCUCAGUAUAACAAAGAUGUACCUUAUCCUCCUCCACUACCCCCUGCUAUAGAAGCAAUCCAGAAAGAAAGAAACAUCACAAGAGAAAGAUUUCUGGUGUUGAACUAUAAGGACAGAUUUGAGUCUGGCAUUCUACAGCUGAGUCAGUGGUUUAAAGAAGGAAAGCUAAAGAUCAAAGAGACUGUGGUGAAUGGAUUGGAAAACAUGGGAGCUGCAUUCCAGUCCAUGAUGACAGGAGGUAACAUCGGAAAGCAGAUAGUUUGCAUUUCAGAAGAAACCUCUGUGUAAUCUGUAUAAGCAUCUUCAUCAAGGAAAUACACAGAUUUCUUUCCAUUUUGCA